AUGGACGCCGCGCGCGACGACGACGACGACGACGACGACGUCGAGAGAGACGCUGAUGAGACGUCGUCGUCGAGGUCGUACGCGGACGAGCGCAUCAUCGCCGUCGCCGUCCUCGCGCGCGUCCCCGACGUCUCCGCGCGAGCCACCUUUCGCCUCGUCUCGCGCGCGUGGUACUUCGCCGAGGCGGACGCCGCCGCGCUGCCGCGCCGCGUGAUUUUCCCCGCGAACGCGUUCUCGACCGCGCGACUGCUGAACCCGUGCUGGCGGACGCAGGUGAACCGCGUGCUGUGGCUCACGUCACACGCGGGGUUCCCGGAGGCGCUGUCGGGUGGACGAGCGCGCGAGCUGCUCGAGAGCGCGCUCGAUCGGAGUGGGGACUUUUUUUGCGCGUACGCCGCCGGUGCGUCCGCGCGUUCGUUGCCACACGUUGUGCCACGUCACUCACCGGAUCUGAUCCGCGAUCUGAGUACGCGCGAGCUCACCGACCGUGUUGUCCCUCCACGUGUCAUCCACGUGUCGUAUCGUAUCGUAUCGCACAUAGGCGCCGGGAAGCUUCACCUGCUGAAGUGGUUGCGCGGCGAAGGCUAUCCGUGGGGAUACGCGUGCUCGCAAGCGGCCGCGGCGGGGCACUUGGACGUCCUAAAGUGGGCGCACCAGAGAGGCGCGCCGCUGAACGACUGGAACUGCUACUACGCGCGCCUGCACGGGCACAUCGACGUGCUCAAAUACCUAUACGACGUCGGCGCGCCGAACGCGUCGGAUUUCAAACACUACGUCGAAGCCGGGAGCACGACGUUGGGCUGGCCGCCGCCGCCCGAGGACGAAGACGACGACGACGACGAGGCGAGGCGGCGUGCGUCGGGUUCACAGGGUUAG